AGCAUGGAGGCUAGAUUAUGGCACCCUUCCUAUCCAAUCAACAACAAGAACGUUUAAAAUUUCGCACCUAUCAUGUCGAAGCUACAGACCACUUAUGUGGAGGCCAGAUUUGUAGUAUCCUUCCAUUUAACCAGGUGCUGAGAUGGCGCUGAAAUACGUGACAUGUUUUUUAAAGAGUAAGUUCGCGUUCUACCAAAUCACACAACACUUUUUUUCUAUGGUUUUGAUAAUAAUGGAAGCAACACAAAAACAAUAUUACAAAUAUUGUGUCGUUCCUAUGUGUUCCAAUACCACUUAUAAAACGCCCGAAAAGCUAUUUCUUCGUGUACCUCAAGACAAAAAACGUCGUUUAAAAUGGUUAAAGGCAUGCAGAAGAAAUGGGAACGAUUUUUCACAGAAGACGACAGUCCACGUAUGUGAGGAGCAUUUUAAUAGGUUACUUCAAUAUCGAACAGUCACAGACAAUACAAGGUUGGGGUUAAAGUUAAAGUUAAAGUUAAGGUCAAAGUCAAGGUCAGGGUGAAGGUCAAGGUCGAGGUCAAGGUCAGGGUGAAGGUCGAGGUCAGGGUCAAGGUCAAGCCUAUGUGAUUUGUCAAAGUGGAGGUGGUUAAAACCUUGAAAAUGCUUGUAGAAUUACUAUAAAAGGCUGCAAGCCGAAGAACGUUUCAAAAAAAUGGAUUUAGAAGCACUUAAUGAGUUUCUUCUUUUAGAAGGACAACGAAAACCCAUCAUUAAGUUGAAAGAACUUCAGUUAAACCUUCCUUACAAAAUUUCAUCAGCCAAUGUGACUGCUUCGAGAUUCGGCGAGUGUGUUGUUUUGGAGUUAGAAGAUAAGGUGGUGUAUUUACCACCUAGAUCAACGGAGGUGCUCAAAAAUCAUACUUUGGAACUAGGGAAUGGAAGGUACUCCCUAGUUUUCAUUGGAGAAAAGGACACCAACAAAGGAAAUCCAGCAACUUUAUUUAAAUUUGUAAAAUCUUGAGUUGGAAAAUGAUAUGGAAAAUUAUAUCAGAUUCAAACUUAUGGGUGGCCUAAAGAAGAUGAAAUUAGAUGUUGUCCCUCACAUAUUUAAUUUUAAAUCAGAUGGGGAAAAAGCCCAUUCUAAUUAUCCCAGAAAAGCAAUGGUUAUGGAAGGUAAACUUAACAUUAAGGAAGAAUUUGGGGAACAUGAACACACAUCUAUGGAAAAUCAGCUAUCAGCCUCAAUCGAUCUGGACAACAUUAAAAACGAACCAGAAGAAACAAAUUACUCAGUUAUGGAAGGUAAACUUGAAAUCAAGGAAGAAUUUGAAGAACAUGAACACAGAUGUAUGGAGAAUCAGCUACCAGCCUCAAUAGAUCUUGAAAACUAUAAAGACGAACCAGAGGAAAUAAAUUACUCAGUUAUGGAAGGUAAACUUGAAAUCAAGGAAGAAUUUGAAGAACAUGAACACAUAUGUAUGGAGAAUCAAAUACCAGCCUCAAUAUAUCUUGAAAACUAUAAAGACGAACCAGAGGAAAUAAUUUAUUCAGUCAUGGAAGAACUUAAAAUAAAGGAAGAAUUUGAGAAACGUCAAUACACAUGUGUGGAGAAUCAGAUACCAGCCUCAAUAGAUCUUGAAAACUAUAAAGACGAACCAGAGGAAAUAAAUUACUCAGUUAUGGAAGGUAAACUUGAAAUUAAAAAAGAAUUUGAGGAACAUGAACACAUAUGUAUGAAGGAUCCGCUAUCCACCCCGAUAGAUCUUGACAACUGUAAAAACGAAUCCGAAAAAACAAAUUACUCAGCUAUGGAAGGUACAUUUGAAAUUAAAAAAGAAUUUGAGGAACAUGAACUCAUAUGUAUGGAGGAUCCACUGUCCACCGCGAUACAUCUUGACAACUGUAAAAACGAAUCAGAAGAAACGGAUUACUCAGGAGAGAUUCAUAAUUCAGGCUUUCUCCAAACUGAAAAUGCAUCGCAAGUAGUGAUAACAUCGCCUGAGUAUUUAUGUAGUACAGAACAAUUUAUGAAUCCACCUCCUGAAGAAAAAACAACGAAGAACGAAAAUCUGAUAACACUUACCGGUCAAAUUGUCAAAUGUAAAGUUUGUUUUAAGCAGUUUCCACAAUUGAGUACUUUGAGAAUACACUUAAGAACGCACACAGAAGAAAAACCCCACAAGUGUGAAAGUUGUUUUAAGCAAUUUUUUCUAUUCGCGGAUUUAAAAAGGCAUCUGAGAACGCACACGGGAGAAAAACCUCACAAGUGCGAAAUUUGUUUUAAGGAGUUUUCACAAAUAAAUAAUUUGAGAACUCAUUUAAGAACGCAUGCGGGAGAAAAACCUCACAAGUGUGAAAUUUGUUUUAAGCAAUUUAGUCAAGUAGGUAAUUUAAAAAGACAUUUGAGAACGCACACGGGAGAAAAACCUCACAAGUGUGAAAUUUGUUUUAAACAAUUUUCUGUAUUAGAAAAAUUAAAACAACAUUUGAGAACGCACACGGGAGAGAAACCACACACGUGCGAAAUUUGUUUUAAGCCGUUUUCUGUAUUAGUAAAUUUAAAAAGACAUUUGAGAAGGCACACGGGAGAAAAACCUCACAAGUGCGAAAUUUGUUUUGAGUCAUUUUCUCUAUUGGAAAAUUUGAAACAACAUUUGAGAACGCACACGGGAGAACAACCUCACAAAUGCAAAAUUUGUUUCAAGCAAUUUUCUGUAUUGGAAAAUUUAAAAGAACAUUUGAGAACGCACACGGGAGAAAAACCUCACACCUGCGAAAUUUGUUUUAAGUCAUUUUCUGUAUUAGCAAAUUUAAAAAGACAUUUGAAAACGCACACGGGAGAAAAACCUCACACGUGUGAAAUUUGUUUUAAGCCAUUUUCUCUGUUAGCGGAUUUAAAAACACAUAUGAGGACUCACACGGGAGAAAAACCUCACAAGUGCCAAAUUUGUUUGAAGCCAUUUUCUCUAUUAACAAAUUUAAAACAACAUUUGAGAACGCACACGAGAGAAAAACCUCACACCUGCGAAAUUUGUUUUAAGUCAUUUUCUGUAUUAGCAAAUUUAAAAAGACAUUUGAGAACGCACACGGGAGAAAAACCUCACAAGUGUGAAAUUUGUUUUAAGCCAUUUUCUCUGUUAGCGGAUUUAAAAACACAUAUGAGGACUCACACGGGAGAAAAACCUCACAAGUGCCAAAUUUGUUUGAAGCCAUUUUCUGUAUUAACAAAUUUAAAAAGACAUUUGAAAACGCACUUUUUUUUAGAAAGACAAAUUGUCUUCAAUAAGUAAUUUGAAAACUCAUUUGAGAACGCACACGGGAGAAAAAUCUCACAAAUGUGAAAUUUGUUUUUAGACCACUCAUCAGCGGUAAAAAAACUGUAAAACCGUGAAAUUUUGAGAACCAACACCGAUUUUACUGAAAAUUUGGGUUUAAACUCGAUUGACCCUCUUCUUCAAAAUCUACACUAUGCCGAACCAGGCUUUUUCCCUGGGGGGUGAAAACAACCCCAUCUAAAGGAUAAAAAAUGUUUCAAUCAAAAUAACUAUGGAAAUCGAUAGUGACCAAUUCUGAGUAAAUUUUGUUCUGUAAAUUUUUUUUUGCAAAAUUAAUACUUUCCAAAUUAUUAGCGAUUGAAACUAUGCAUUUUUCAUUGAAAAAACUCACGUUUUAUAACCGUUUUUUAUGAAUAACUGAAAAAAAUUUAAAUUUUAUAGAAAAAAUCAUAAAAUUUUGACUAAUAAAAAAAUAAAGAGAUUCGCGUCGAAAAAACCCAUGUAAACCCAAUGACGACUGAGUUAUUGCUCUUUAAAGGAUGGUUAUUUUCGAAGAACAUCGAAAUGGAGAACCUUCAAUCUCAAAUAACUCAUAAGUUCAUUAAAAAACCUUUCAAAUAAGCUCUGACAAGUUUUUUGCAUAAGAACUGACUGACUUAUGACGAAAAUAAAGUCGCUAUCUGCUUUUUUCUUUUUGAAAUGUAACAAUAAAACCCUCGUCAAUACAAUCCUAAUAGAAAUGAAUAGGUUCCCACUUAAAAUCAACUUUAUUUAGAUAUAAUUGAUACGAUCCAUCUAAUUUGACUGGUUUUAAAAAUCUUAGUUUAGUAAAAAUAGUUGAUUAAAUCGAAAAUGACAUUUUUAUAAUUAAAGAAAAAGUGCAUUUUUCUUAAAUAAACCUAAAAGUAUUCAUGAUACAAUAACAAAAAAAAAUCAAAAUUUUCAGUAAAAGAAAUCCUAGAAUUAAUAUUUGAAACAUUUUUUUCAUAUUAUGAGUACUUUUAGAUUUAAUUAAGAAAAAUUCACUUUUUUUUAAUUAUAAAAAUGUUAUUUUCGAUUUAAUCAACUAUUUUUUCUAAACUAAGCAUUCCAAACCGGUCAAAUCUCAUGGAUUGUAUCAAUUAUACCUAAAUAAAGUUAAUUUCAAGUGGGAUGCUAUUCAUUUAUAUUAGGAUUGUAGUGACGAGGGUUCAAUUUUUACAUUUCAAAAAGAAAAAAGCAGAGAGCAAUAACUCAGUCGUUAUUGGGUUUACAUAUGUGUGUGUGAGAGAAAAAAUGGCUUGGAUGCGGGUCCGUUAGCCACAGAUUUUUAUUUUAUUUUUACCUCAAUUUAUUAGUUUUGUUAUAUUUAUACCUAUUUCACUUAAAUGACUAUAUUUGUUUCUCUCAAGUAGUUAAUGAGUAAUUUAAAUAUUUCCAUUUUAUGACAACUUAUUAGAUAUUCUAUACUAAUUGGAAAAUGAACUGGUCUUUCCGAGGCGAAUCUCUUUGCUUUUUUAUUAGCUACAAUUUUGUUCUUAAUGAUUUUUUCUUUAAAAUUCAAUUUUUUUAAGUUAUUCAUAAAAAACGGUUAUAAAACGUGAGUUUUUUCAAUGAAAAAUGCAUAAUUUCAAUCGCUAAUAACUUGGAAAGUAUCAACUUUGCAAAAAAAAUUUAUAGAAUAAAAUUUACUCAGAAUUGAUCAAUCCAUCGACUUUGAUUGAAAAAUAGUUUCAUCCUCUAGAUGGGGUUGUUUUCACCACCAGGGCAAAGCCCGGUUUGGUAUAGGGUAGAUUUUGACAAAGGUUAUAAUUACUACCUAAAUCCAAACUUUCAAGGAAAUCGACCUUGAUUAUCAAAAUUCCAUGAGAAAAUGGCUGUUCAUUGGACUAUUUAAGCAAUUUAGUGAAGCAGGCAAUUUAAAAAGACAUUUGAGGACACACGCGAGAGAAAAACAACCAGUGCAAAAUUUGUUUUAGGCAAUUUUGAGAAAACAUUGGAAACACACACUGGAAAAACACCAUACAAGUAUUAUCUAUACAAUUUAUGUUAUACAAUUGGUUUUAAACCGUUUUCAGAAUGGCAACCUUAAAAAUCCAUUUGAGAACACACAUGGGAGAAAAACACAAGUGUGAAAUUUGUUUUAGGCAAUUUUCUGUAUUAGAAAAAUUAAAAGCAUUUGAGAACGCACACGGGGAAAACACCACAAGUGUGAAAUUUGUUUUAAGCCGUUUUCUCUGUUAUCGGAUUUAAAAACACAUAAUAUGAGGACUCACACGGGAGAAAAACCUCACAAGUGCCAAAUUUGUUUUAAGCCAUUUUCUGCAUUAGCAAAUUUAAAAAGACAUUUGAAAAUGCACUUUUUUUAGAAAGACAAAUUUUCUUAAAUAAGUUAUUUGAGAACGCGCACGGGAGAAAAAUCUCACGAGUGCAAAAUUUGUUUCAAACCGUUUUCUAUAUUGGAAAAUUUGAGAACGCACACGGAAGAAAAACCUCACCUGCGAAAUUUGUUUUAAGUCAUUUUCUGUAUUAGCAAAUUUAAAAAGACACAUGAGAACGCACACGGGAGAAAAACCUCACAAGUGUGAAAUUUGUUUUAAGCUAUUUUCUCUGUUAGCGGAUUUAAAAACACAGAUGAGGACUCACACGGGAGGAAAACCUCACAAGUGCCAAAUUUGUUUUAAGCCAUUUUCUGUAUUAGCAAAUUUAAAAAGCCAUUUGAAAACGCACUUUUUUUAGAAAGACAAAUUUUCUUAAAUAAGUUAUUUGAGAACGCGCACGGGAGAAAAAUCUCACAAGUGCAAAAUUUGUUUCAAACCAUUUUCUAGAUUGGAAAAUUUAAAACAACAUUUGAGAACGCACAUGGAAGAAAAACCUCACCUGCGAAAUUUGUUUUAAGUCAUUUUCUGUAUUAGCGAAUUUAAAAACACAUAUGAGGACUCACACGGGAGAAAAAUCUCACAAGUGCCAAAUUUGUUUUAAGCCAUUUUCUGUAUUAGCAAAUUUAAAAAGACAUUUGAAAACGCACUUUUUUAGAAAGACAAAUUUUCUUAAAUAGGUAAGUAAUUUGAGAACGCCCACGGGAGAAAAAUCUCACAAGGGUGAAAUUUGUUUUGAAUUUUGAAUUUGUUAUUUCUCAUGUUGUUAAAUAUUGCUCUGGCCUUAAGUUUUGCUCACAAGCGCUCAUUUUGUUUUAUUUAUGUUGAGAUUAAGUCCUUUUUCUUCACUCGCUCUUUGUAUCCUGUCCAUAAGAUGCAAUUCAUCGAUACAGCUGGCAAGUACGACUGUAUCGUCCGCAUAUCGUUUUACGCGGACUUUAUAAUGGCCAUUGGCAUGGUACAGUUGAUUUUACAAUCAGAUACCUAGCGUGUACGUAGGGUAUCAGGUACGUAGCGUGUGUUGAGUAAAAGUCUUGUGACUUUGAAAAGUCGACGUCAUUGUCUAAUAUUCGACGUCAUUGUUAGUCGACGUCAUUGUCGACCAAUGAUAAACGUCAAAAUUCACAGUAAACAAGGGACGUAAAAAUAUACAGUAGACUACCUCUAUAUCGAGAACUUAAAUGGCGGACUAAUUACCUCGUUAUAAGCGGAUCUCGUUAUAUCAGACAACAAUAAUAUUGUGGAUACAUAUGAGUAUGUAGUUUUCUAAAUCAUUAACUUCCUAUAGUGAAUCCAUUCGGAGCAAUAUAAGAUGCUAAAUAUUGUUUCCUCAACAAUAAGGCUUCACCAUAAUAAAUUGUAAAUUUUCUUAUAAUAUUCAAUAUCGGUCGAUAGAUAAACUGAACAGGAAGAAGUUUAUUAUAGGCGGUGGAUUUUAUUACAGCACUAUCCUCGAUAACGACACAUCUUGAGGAUUUCUGUAUACCUACACUCAGUUGGGGUAUUUAGUUAUAGCCAUUACAGCGCUAAAAACAGGUAAAGAUACAUAUUCUACGAUUUCAUUUUUCCUCGUUAUAACCAAAUAUGGUUCUUUAUAGAGGUGUUACAGUUUAAUAGGAAUUUCAUGGGACACCUAGUGUACCUCGUUAUAGAGAGAGUCUACUGCGCUAAUAAAAAUACCUCGAAGUUAAUUAUUAAAAUAUAUUAAAAUAAUAAGUAUUGUAUUAAAUAAACAAAUGUGUAAGUAAUUUUAUAACUAGUAUUCUUUUAUUAUUUAUGAUUAUAUGUUUUAGGAAAAACGCUGGAAAAAUAUAUAAAAAACUUGUUUAGAAAUGUAUCCCAACGUCCACUGUAUGUAAAUUCUUACAAGAGGCUCGUUAAUAAUAUUCAGCUCACCGGAAUGCUAUUGUUCGAGGUGUGAAAUUAUAUACACAAGGGAUCAAUUCAUAAAACAGGUAGAUCACUUUUUUAUGGCAUUUUACACCUUGAACAAUAGCAUCCCGCUCAGCUGAAUAUUAAUGAGUUUCUUUAUGUCUGGUUGCACCGACAGAUAUACUACAGAUAGACUUACCUUAAGCUUAAAUGAGAGCCAGAGUGGCCUAACUGAUUUUAACAUUACUUUACAUAAUCAAUGAAAAUGAUCAGAAGCUAUCAAUGUCCGAUUGUUUUAGUAAUUGUAUGUUGACCAAUAAUGAUUCUUGGUCAACGUAAAACUACUAAAACAAUCAGACAUUGUUAGCUUCUGAUUAUUUUCUUUGGUUAUGUAAAGUAAUGUUAAAAUCAGUUAGGCCACUCUUGGUUUCAUGGCCUCAAAUAUAAAUGUAAAUUCAGAUGCUGGUGCCACACUAGCGUCUAAUACCGUUAAUUAUCGCAUUAUUUGACAUAUUUCUAAUGCAAAUAAUACGAUAAUUAACGGUAUUAGAUGCUAGUGUGGCCCCAGUAUUAAAGUAUAAGCUGACCUUAGCUAAGAUGGAGCUUAAGAUCGGUUGGUGCAACUAAGCAUUAGUUCUCUUGUUCGACUAUAGAUCAUUAUUAUCUUUAAUAUUCAACAAAGUUCUUUAUAUUGUAAGGUUUAAUUGUGUAUAAUCCAGCAGUAUGUUUUUUGAUAUAUAUGAGUUUUGAUAUUUUCUGUGAAAUAUUUUGUAAAUUAAAGCUUUCCCUAUAGUAAAACACCGAUUUUUA